AUGGGUAUUACCGGUUUGAUACCUUUUCUGGAGAAAGCUUCAAGAAGGGCUAAUAUUAAUGAGUUCAGUGGAUCUACGGUUGCUAUAGAUACUUACUGUUGGCUUCACAAAGGCGCUUUCGCUUGCGCUGAUAAGUUGGUACGAGGAGAAGAUACCGACGUCUAUGUCAAGUAUUGCCUCAAAUAUGUGACGAUGCUGCUUUCAAAGAAUAUCAAGCCGAUUUUAGUGUUUGACGGACGUCAUCUUCCUGCAAAAGCUAUGACAGAAACCAAGAGGAGAGAAACUCGGGAUAUAUGUAAAAAGAGAGCAGCAGAAUUGUUAAGUUUAGGAAAGGUAGAAGAAGCCAGAUCACAUAUAAGAAGAAGUGUAGAUAUUACCCACAAAAUGGCCUUAGCUUUAAUUAAGGAAUGUAGGAAUCGCAAUGUAGACUGUAUAGUGGCACCAUAUGAAGCUGACGCACAAUUAGCAUACUUGAAUAUAAAGAACUAUGCACAGUUGGUUAUUACUGAAGACUCAGAUUUGAUACUAUUUGGAUGCACAAAAGUCCUAUUCAAAAUGGAUCUUGAUGGAACUGGCACACUAGUGGAUACAGCAAAACUACCGUUAGUUAUGAAGUGUCCUAUAGAAAAGUAUACAUUUGACAAGUUCAGACAAAUGUGCAUUAUGUCUGGAUGUGACUAUCUCGCAUCUUUACCAGGGAUUGGGUUGGCGAAAGCAAGGCAGUUUGUAGUGGCUACCCAGGAUAAUAAUUUUGCCAAUGCACUCCGGAAAUUGCCAAGCUUCUUUAACAGAUCUACACUAAUUGUAACUGACGAGUAUCGAGAGAACUUCUUAAAAGCUGAAGCUACAUUCAAACAUCAGUAUGUGUAUGAUCCUAUUGAAAGGAGAAUGGUUCGUCUUACCGAACCAGAUGAUGAAGAUAUAGAAAUGGCGCUAUGCGUGAACGCUGGCGAACUGUUAGACCCUAAAGUUGCUUACCAAUUGGCCUUGGGCAAUAUAGAACCUUUCACAUUGAAGAAGUUAGACAACUGGGAUCCAGAUAUUCAUAAUAUGAAUGAACCAGUGAAAACUUCAAGUUGGAAAGAUAAAGGUAUAUCAACUCAUCCCAGUAUAUGGGAUCCUGUGUAUAUAGAACAUUUGAGUGAUGAAACUCCAUGGGCGAAAAAGGUGAAAAAACAAGAACCCAUAAUAUCUACACAAACGAGACAAAGGAAGAAAGUUGUUACCUUAGUUAGUAAAUACGUGCCGGAGACUCAAGAUCAAAGUUUAUCCAUUGAAGCACUGAGUAAUAUGUAUUGCAAUCAGCCAGCGAGUAAAAAGCAAAGGUUAGAAGACUCGGAAGCAUACACAGACACGCAAGAUGAACACAAUAUUGCCAUAUUAGAUACAUCAACUGACCAAAAAGUUAAAUCACCAAUACUAGAAAAUAAAGAACGUUCAUUCAAAAAGUGCCUACAAAACAACAGUUAUUCAGUAUUAAAGAAAUUAAGCCGUUUUCCAAGAACUGUAUUAGAUAGUAAUGUAAUUGAAAGCAAGUUUUUCAAUUCAGUUGACAUAGAGCAAGUGGUUAUUGAAGAAUCUCCAGAGAAAAGUGUAAAUCCAUUCAAAGUUCAAUCAAAAUCUGUCGACCAAUUAGAGAUUGAUACACCGUGUUAUGAUAUAGAGAUGCUGUCGUCUUCCCAGAAGGAAAAUUCUUUAAGUCCAUCAAGUAACAGUGUUGACACUAACAGUCCAAGCAAUAGAUCAGUGAAUAAUAGUCCAAAAUCUAGGAAUCCGUUUAAAUUGAUAAGUGAUACGCAAACAUCCAGUGAUACUGGUUUCAGUGAGAGUAUUGUAGAUAGUGAUAACGUCAUUGAAGACUCCCAGCAGCAACCCAUAUCGCCAAUCAAAUCCCAACCAACACUAGAUAGGUUUAAAAAAAGCACAAAUUGUGUAAACAAUGUCAAUAAUAUUAAAAAAUCAACAUGUCGAGUGUCAGGGCUGAAGAAAACCGCAUCAUUGCCCAAUAAUCAACCAACCUUGUUGAGCAAGUUUGGAUUUCAAAAGAAGCCAGUAUUAAAAAGA